AUGCAUGUCUCACCGUCAGAUCAAUCGUCUGGCCCCUCUGUCUCCAUCGAUUCCGCUUCAGAGGCGGGCCCGUCGUCCCUUCUCUUGGAUAAACUCGGUCGCUCUAAUGGUCUUACCAACGGAAAUAGCUUCACCGCGUCUAUGACGAACGGCUCCACCAAAUGUUCGUUAAUGGGCAAUGGCGUACCGAAGCAUAGCUCCAUUGCACGUGUGUCAUUGCCGGGCACCACUCUCUACGAAGAUCCACAUGUUGACCGUGAAGAGUUCGUGAGAUUGGUUAUUCAAAGUCUCAGAGACGUGGGAUACACUGAAUCUGCUGCAACUCUUGAAGUGGAAUCUGGCUAUUCUCUAGAAGCACCGGAGGUAUCUGAAUUCCGUCAGUACGUUCUUAGCGCAGAAUGGCAGAAGGCAGAGGCGGUACUUCCACGUCUAGUGGCAGACGAUGACUCACUUUGGGAAGCACUCUUUCUUAUUGGAAAGCAGAAGUAUUUGGAACUCCUUGAGGCUCGGAAAAUCACAGCGGCUCUGCAGGUUCUGCGGGAGCGACUUGCCCCUUUGAGCGCCAAUUCAUCUGAACAAUUGCAUGCCUUGUCGAGUUUAAUUAUGUGUCCUGAUGCCCAAGAGCUUCGACGACGUGCACUUUGGGACGGGGCGUCAGCAGCUUCGCGGCAAGCUCUGCUUACGGACCUCCAAGAGUUUAUACCAUCCGCCACAAUGAUCCCCCAACGACGCUUCGCCACUCUACUCACCCAAGCGCGACAUUAUCAGCGAGAACGAUGCACUUAUCACAAUGCGCCAAUGAACCCUACCUCUUUUUCCUUAUUCUGCGAUCAUUACUGUGACAAGGAGGAUUUCCCUCGUGUAACUACUACCAUCCUUCACGCACACACAGAUGAGGUAUGGAACGUAGCAUGGAGUCACAAUGGCUUGCGUCUUGCUAGUGCAAGCAAAGACAAGACAGCUAUUAUUUGGCGGAUUGCAGUUAAUCACCCUCGCGAUCGCGAAUGUGUGGUAGAGUUCAUUCUUCGGGACCAUCCUUAUCCGGUCGGAGCUUUAGCAUGGUCACUGGAUGAUUCGAUACUCCUUACGUCUGCCGAUAACUUGAUACUGUUAUGGGAUACGAAGAGCGGGAAAUGCAUCACCACAUUGGACUCUCAUAUGGAGACCGUGUCGGUUUUGAUGUGGUUACCAGACGGCUCAGGAUUUAUGUCAGCAAGUUUGGAUCGGAAAGUGGUGACAUGGGAGGCAUCCGGGAAGCAGGUGGAUGAAUGGCCUGGUGUUCCCAUUCGAGUAACAGACAUGGCUGUUACUCCGGACAUGAAGAGGCUUGUUGUGAUUGGAAUGGACUAUCAGCCGACGGGACCCUCGUCUGAGGGCCUUCCUCCCUGGGGGGUUACCCGGGAAUCACCACCUGCUAGUGGCAUAGCGGCAGGCUCGAAUGCCCCUUCCUCAUCAGAAAAUUGUAUCGUCAUAUACGAUUUCAAGACGAAGGCUGCUGAACAAUCGAUUACAACUGAGGGGGAACUAACUAGUGUAAAGAUCUCCGGCGACUCACGAUUCGCACUGGUUAACCACGCUCCUGACGCGAUCCACCUAGUGGAUUUGAACGACGGUCAUAUGGCCCGCAAGUUCACAGGUCAACGACAGCGGCAACACGUCAUUCGGAGUUGCUUCGGAGGGGUGGAUGGCAAUUUUGUAGUUAGCGGGAGUGAAGACCGGGACGUUUAUGUUUGGCACCGGGACACUGGUGUCUUACUCGAAGUCCUCUCGGGGCAUGGCAACGGCAGUGUGAAUUGCGUUGCCUGGAAUCCCCAAAAUGAACGGAUGUUUGCUUCAUGUUCCGAUGAUUGCACCGUACGAAUAUGGGAGCCUCUUCCCUUACCCUCGGAGACUUCCGUCUCAGUCCCACCGUCAAUCACUGAUGUAACCAUGAACGGCAAGGGCAAAGGCCGGGUUUACUCCUCUUGGGACGAUGGUUCUGCCGACGGAGAGGCGCAAUCAUGAAGGAUUCUCCUGUUUUCACUCUACGGACAACCAGCAUAAGGUAAUCUUCCAAAUCUUUUUUUUUGUUAUUUGGCUCGAUUUCACAUACUGAACGCUUCAACUGUUUUCCAACACCCAAGUCACUGCAUGUCAUGCAUAUAGUAUAGAAUGUUACAAUAACAUCCUUAUGAGGAUUUCAAUCUGAGCUGUGGAGUUGGCAGCAACGCCCCGAACCUCAGGGGGAUGUCUUUACAUAGC